ACAGUCUCACCAACUAGCAAAUCUACUACAAACAGCCCUGAAAACCUGUGCCCAGAGCCACAUUGCAAGUGAAGCAGAACAACCACACAUUGAGUUUAUACAUAAAGCUAUUGAGCAUAAUCUUGACUCUAUGAAAGAAAAGCUGAGCCAAAGAUAAAAUUACUCAUUGAUUCAGCAGAAUCAGAGUGGAGGUCUAGGGAGCACAUACCCCAGAUCUGGAGUAAAGAUUUAAGAGACACCCCAGAUCCAGGUUAGAGGUUUAGGGGACAUGUACUCCAUAUCCAAGUUGGAGACUUUCUGGUAAUCUUGUCUAUCAAGAAAAGUAAUAACCUUCACAUUCUUUUCUUAACAUUAAAUUUUUUAUAUAUAAAUUCUAGAUUAAAUGUGUUUGCUUCUCUGGAUUGCUGUCUUGACGAAAACUGGCCAUUGUGUUAAAAAAACUAAUAUUUUUGCUAUUAGGCUUCUGUAAAUUUAGAAAUGUGUGCUAGACAAGGAAAAUUGAAAACUUGGAGUCAGUGUCUGUUCACUAUUUUCUGUCAAUUGUUCUUCGUUACUUUUUUUUUUUUGGCAACCUUAGCAACUUCCCACCAAGGUAGAGUGGCACAAAGGAGGAAACAUAUUCACCAGCACUUACUCAUCACAUUUCAAAUAACCCUCUGUACUGAAACAUUCCUAUUCAUCCUUCAAAGUGCAGGCACUGUAGUUUCCACCUCCAGAAUUCAAAUUUAACUAACUGGUUUACCAGAAUUUCUUUGCAGGUGUUACCUCGCUCACGCUACAAUAGCAUGUGAAAUUUUAAAACUUUCUUAUUGUAUUUCCAAUCAAACAUGCUUGCUCUUGCCUUCUGGAAGUUAAAGACCUUACCACUUUAAAUAUUUUUCCUGUUGUUCACAGUAAUAUUAUCCUCCUUGAUUUUAUCUUCAAAUUUCUUCCAUAUUCUAUCCUGCUCUUGUAUAUCCUCUCCUCCAUUGUAUCUUCAUUCUAUUGUUCUUUAAUUCUAUCAUCUUUCUCCUCCUCCAUUCUAUUACUGCCUCAUUCACACUUGCCAUUUAGCAGGAAUUUACCUUCUUUACUAAAGUGACUAUCCAAAUUCCCUUCUACAAUCUUACCUUAUUACCUUGCCCACAAAAGGAUGCUCAUGUCUUCUUCGGAGUCUGUGUGACAUCAACAGACAUAAAAAGAUUAAUGAUAUUCAGCCAGAUAUUAUGGAAAUUCCAUCAUCACUACAUAAUUCUAAGAUUUAGGUUAACCCUUUCAGGGUCCGUGCCGUAGAUCUACAGCUCUACGUUGAGGGUCCAAACUGUAGAUCUACGCCAUGAGCUCAGCUCACUCUGAUAAGCUGUGAGUGGUAAAUUUGGGCCUAGAUAUGAGAGAAUACAUCUAUGUGGUAUGUGUGCACCGCAUAAAAAAAAUAAUGCAGCACAGUGCAUAAUGAGAAAAAAAAACGAGACCAUAAUUUUUUAUUAAAACAGCGAAUUUGCAGUGUUUUUUUGUAUGUUUUUUAUACUUGUAUUUGCGAUUUCUUGGUCUCAUUUGAUAGAAUGGAAGAUAUAUUACAGAAAUAGACAUGAUUUUGAUUGGUUUUAGUACUGGAAAUGGCUUGAAACUGAGCUCAAAGUAGCAGAAAUGUUAAAUUUUUGCCGAUGUUCAAGAGUAGACAAGUGACCUCACACGUCUAAUACACGCCAGCUGGUGGGUCUAAUAUACGUUCACAAAUGUGGUGAUAUUAUUUAUACAAUUAUUACAAUAUUGCAUAACAGUAAAUCUUCUAUUUUUUUGUUUGAAUAAAAAUUCAUUAUGUGAAUAAAAAAUCAAAAUGGAAUUCAUUUGUAAAACCUGAAAACAUAAAUAAUGAACAGAGGAAAUGUGCCAGGAAUGCUUGCAUUGUUUAUUCUGGACCCUAUUUUGAAAUUGGAAUAUUUUGAACUUUGCAUUAAAUUGGCCAAAUUACCAAUAUUCGAUCACUAUUUUGUAGUUGAAACAGUUGACUUGGCAAUUUCUUGUGCUCAAUCGAUAGAAUAGAAGUAAUACUAGUGAAAUAGCUAAGAAUUUGGUCAACUGGAAUAAUGUAAUUGGCCUAAAAUAGGAGUCAAAGUCGGCAAAAUCGCCAGUGCGUAAAUAUCGCUGACACAUCAAAAUUCGCGAGAGCAUAAUUUCAUAAAUUUUCCAUCAAAUUUCGUACUUUUUGUUUUAUUACCUUCAGAAAAAGAUUCUUUACCAUUUCAUAAGAAAAAAUAAGAAAAUUAUUUUUUGAAAAUUCUUGGACACUGAUGCACACUCUGAAAUUUGGCCUCUGGACCCUGAACGAGUUAAUAAAAGUACAUACAGGCACAGUUUGACACUGGGUUGUGGGAACAAUAACCCAUGGAACUGCCUAUGGUACAAAUAGUUAACUGAAGGUACAUAAACAUUAUUUACUUCAUACCUAAACAUGUGGGAAGGUCAGUCUCAAGUAUGUCUUCAUUAA